CCCGCCGCGCCGCGGCCUCGCUUGUGCGACUCCCUCGGCGCGGACCAGACACCCUCGGCCUCUACGCUGAACGCGGCCCGGGCCGAGGCUCGGCCAGCUGGGCGCCGCGCUCCCGCAGUGGCUGCGGUGUUGCCGGCGGGGGGUAGUGGGGAGCGCAUGGGCGUCCCCACCCCGAAGCAGUUCUGCCCCGUCCUGGAGAGGCCGCUCAUCAGCUACACGCUGCAGGCCCUGGAGAGAGUAUGUUGGAUAAAGGACAUUGUUGUUGCAGUAACUGGAGAGAACAUGGAAGCAAUGAAGGGUAUCAUUCAGAAGUACCAGCAUCAACGCAUCUCACUGGUUGAAGCUGGAGUGACCCGUCACAGGUCAAUUUUCAAUGGACUCAAAGCACUGGCAGAGGACCAGCCUGACUCUAAACUGUCUAAGCCAGAAGUUGUGAUAAUCCAUGAUGCUGUGAGACCAUUUGUUGAAGAAGAUGUCCUUCUUAAGGUUGUCACAGCUGCUAAGGAAUAUGGGGCAGCAGGAGCAAUUCGACCUCUUGUAUCUACUGUAAUCAGUCCAUCUGCUGAUGGUUGCUUAGACCAUUCACUAGAACGUGCCAGACACAGAGCAAGUGAAAUGCCACAGGCUUUUCUAUUUGAUGUGAUCUAUGAAGCAUAUCAGCAGUGUAGUGACUAUGACUUGGAAUUUGGAACUGAAUGUUUACAGUUGGCUCUAAAAUAUGGUCACAUUAAAGCCAAACUUGUGGAAGGAUCACCUGACCUCUGGAAGGUGACCUACAAACGAGAUCUGUAUGCAGCUGAAUCGAUUAUUAAGGAAAGAAUUUCACAGCACAUUUGCCUGGUUAUGGACACAAAAGAUGAGAAUCAUGUAGGUCAUCGUCUUGAAGAAGUACUAAAAGACGAAUUAAAUCAUGUAAAAGUCAUGUCUCGACUUCCAUGUCACACUGGCAGAGAUCUUGAUCAAAUCAUGUCAGAGCAGUGCUACAGUUACGUUUGCGUGAAUGUUAUGACCUCUGAUUUUGAGGAAAUCCGGAAGUUAGUGAAUAUGCUGGAAGAGAGUAAUCUUUCCAUUUUAUAUCCUGUUGUUGUUAUUUCAGUGUAUUUUCUUGAUUAUAAAUCAGUACCUUUUGAUCAGAAAAUGGAAAACCUAAUACAGAUUAGGGAAUAUGCAAAGGAAGUGAAAAAAAGAAAUAUUUUAUUAUGUGGUCUUCUUAUAUAUUAUCCACAGGACGAGCAGAAGCUACAGGAAAGCUUAAGGCAAGGUGCUACGAUUAUUGCCACCUUAAUCAAAGAAAGAAAUUCUGGACUUGUUGGUCAGCUCCUGGUAGCAUGA